AUGCUAUCCUUUUCCGCCUCACCUGCUAUCCUCUUCCGAAAACCUUUUGUAUCCUCUUUCGCCUCACCUGCUAUCUUCUUCCGCCUCACCUGCUAUCCAAAUAUUUCCCUACCUGCUAUCCUCUUCCCUGUUCAUUAUUCUCCGUUUCAAGUGUUUGAGACAACAUUUUUCAUUUAUUAUUACGGAAAUGUCUCUUGUGAUAAUUGCCGAUCUAUUCGAGUCCCUCCGACUUCAUUGCUACAAGAAAGAAAGGUUUGGGUCGUUUUUUUUAUUUGGCUGCGAAAGUUAAAGACCCAAAGGGCAAGGAUAAUGCUUCUUUCUUUCUUUCUUUCAUUCUUUUCCCUCCUUUCGUCUUCUUUAUUUGUUUUUUCCUUUUGCGACAUUUCGUCUUCCCUUCUUAGCAUUAUAUAUGCUUCCUUUCUUUUUCUUUCUUUCUUUCUUUCUUUCUUUCUUUCUUUCUUUCUUUCUUUCUUUCUUUCAUUCUUUUCCCUCCUUCGUCUUCUUUAUUUGUUUUUUUCCUUUUGCGACCUAUCGUCUUCCCUUCUUAGCAUUUUAUAUGCUUCCGUUUCUUUUUCUUUCUUUCUUUCUUUCUUUUCUUUCUUUCUUUUCUUUCUUUCUUUUUUCUUUCUUUUUUCCUCCUUCGUCUUCUUUAUUUGUUUUUUCCUUUUUUCGACCUUUCGUCUUCCCUUCUUAGCAUUUUACAUGCUUCCAUUUCUUUCUUUCUUUCUUUCUUUUCUUUCUUUCUUUCUUUCUUUCUUUCUUUCUUUCUUUUUUUUUAAAAAGAAAAAAGGAAAAUUUUUUUUUUUCUUUUUGCGACAUUUUUCUUCCCUUUUUAGCAUUUUAUAUGCUUCCAAAAUUUCUUUUUCUUUCUUUCUUUCUUUCUUUCUUUCUUUCUUUUUUUUCUUUCUUUCUUUCUUUUCCCUCCUUUCGUCUUCUUUUUUUGUUUUUUCCUUUUGCGACCUUUCGUCUCCCUUUCUUAGCAUUUUACAUGCUUCUGUUUCUUUCUUUCUUUCAUUCUUUCUUUCUUUCUUUCUUUCUUUCUUUCUUUCUUUCUUUCUUUUCAACGACCUUUUCCUUCGUCUUCUUUUAUUUCAUUUUACAUGCUUCCAUUUCUUUCUUUCUUUUUUCUUUCUUUCUUUCUUUCUUUCUUUCUUUCUUUCUUUUUUUUUCUUUCUUUUCCUCCCUUCGUCUUCUUUAUUUGUUUUUUUUUUUACGACCUUUUCGUCUCCCUUUUUCUUAGCAUUUUUUUUUUUCUGUUUCUUUCUUUCUUUCUUUCUUUAUUUAUUUCUUUCUUUCUUUCCUUCUUUCUUUCUUUCUUUUCCCUCCCUUCGUCUUUAUUUGUUUUUUUCGUUUGCGACCUUUCGUCUCCCUUUCUUAGCAUUUUAUAUACUUCCCUUUCUUUCUUUCUUUCUUUCUUUCUUUCUUUCUUUCUUUCUUUCUUUCUUUCUUUCUUUCUUUUCCCUCCCUUUUCCUUUAUUAUUUGUUUUUUUUUUUGCGACCAUUCGUCUCCCUUUCUUAGCAUUUUAUAAGAUUUUUUUCUUUCUUUCUUUCUUUCUUUCUUUCUUUCUUUCUUUUCUUUCUUUUCCCUUCUUCGUCUUUAUUUGUUUUUUUUUUCCAUUCGUCUCCCUUUCUUUUAAUUUUUAUAAGCUUCCUUCUUAUUCUUUCUUUUUUUAUUCUUUCUUUCUUUCUUUUGAAAUUUUUUCUUUCUUUUCCUCAAACUUUCUUUCUUUCUUUCUUUCUUUCCAUUUAUUAAUCUUUAUUUUUUAUCGCUAUCUAUCAUUCCAGCAGCCGACUUCAUUGCUACAGGGAAAAAGGUUUGGAUCGUUUUUCUAUUUCUCAGCGAAGGUUACAGAACCAAAGGGCAAAGAUAAUGCUAUUCUCUCUCUCUCUCUCUCUCUCCCUCUCUCUUUCUCUUUCUUUCUUUCUUUCUUUCUUUAUUUUUUAUUUUUAUUUUUUGCAUUCUUUCGAUCUUUUUUUCUUGUCCAUUCUUUCACUCUUCAUUUUAUAUUUUUCUUUCUUUUUUCUUUCUUUCGUUUAUUUAUUUUUCUUUCUUUCUUUUCAUUCUUUCUUUCUUUCUUUUUUGUUUUCGCAUUCUUUUUUCAUUCUUUCGUUCUUUUUUGCCUUUCUUUUUUUUUCCUAUUUGCAUUCUUCCUUCAUUUCCUCUUCUUGCUUUAUUUUCCUUUCUUUCUUUCUUUCUUUCUUUCUUUUUUCUUUCCUUUCUUAUUUUUGCAUUCUUUCUUCUUCUUUGUUUUCUUUCUCUCUUGUUUUCUUUCUUCUAUUUACAUUCUUUCUUUCUUUCUUUCUCUCUUCUUUCUUUUUUCUUUCUUCCUUUAUAUUUGCAUUCUUCUGUCCUUCCUUAUUUUUGCUUUUUUCUUUCUUUUUUCCUUUGCUUAUUUGUUUCUUAUUUCUUUCUUCUUUUUCUUUUUCUUUCUUUCUUUCUUUCUUUCUUUCUUUCUUUCUUUCUUUCUUUCUUUCUUUCUCUCUUCUUUCUUUUUUCUUUCUUCCUUUAGAUUUGCAUUCUUCUUUCCUUCCUUAUUUUUGCUUUUUUUUUCCUUUGAUUAUUUGUUUCUUAUUUCUUUCUUCCUUUUCUCUUUCUUUCUUUCUUUCUUUCUUUCUUUCUUUCUUUCUUUCUCUCUUCUUUCUUUUUUCUUUCUUCCUUUAGAUUUGCAUUCUUCUUUCCUUCCUUAUUUUUGCUUUUUUCUUUCUUUUUUCCUUUGCUUAUUUAUUUACAUUCUUCUUUCCUUCCUUAUUUUUGCUUUUUUCUUUCUUUUUUCCUUUGCUUAUUUGUUUCUUAUUUCUUUCUUCUUUUUCUUUUUCUUUCUUUCUUUCUUUCUUUCUUUCUUUCUUUCUUUCUUUCUUUUCUCUUCUUUCUUUUUUCUUUCUUCCUUUAGAUUUGCAUUCUUCUUUCCUUCCUUAUUUUUGCUUUUUUCUUUCUUUUUUCCUUUGAUUAUUUGUUUCUUAUUUCUUUCUUCUUUUUCUUUUUCUUUCUUUCUUUCUUUCUUUCUUUCUUUCUUUCUAUUUGCAUUGUUCCUCCUUUCCUCUUUUUGCAUUAUUUUUUUCUUUAUUUUUCCCUUUCUUUCUUUAUUUUUUCUAUUUGCAUUCUUCUUUUCUUUCUCUCUUUCUUUCUUUCUUUCUUUCUUUCUUUCUUUAACGGGAAGCGCUAUUCCUUCCUUCCUUUCUUUCUCUCUCUCUUUCUUUCUUUCUUUCUUUAUUUUUUCAUUCAUUAAAACAGACGUUCAGCGGCCGACUGCGCUACCACUUCCUCUGCCUUUCUUUCUUUCUUUCUUUCUUUCUUUCUUUCUUUCUUUCUUUCUUUCUUUCUCCACAUCUCUUUACCUUUACUCUUACGGUUUAUUUCAAGGAUUUCCUUUUUUGUUUUCACCUUCUUUCUUUCUUUCUUUCUUUCUUUCUUUCUUUCUUUCUUUCUUUCAGUAUCCAGCGUUUCUUUCUUUCUUUUUUCUUUGUUCCUUUCUUUCUUUCUUUCUUUCUUUCUUUCAGUAUCCAGCGUUUCUUUCUUUCUUUUUUCUUUCUUUCUUUCUUUCUUUCUUUCUUUCUUUCUUUCAGUAUCCAGCGUUUCUUUCUUUCUUUUUUCUUUGUUCCUUUCUUUCUUUCUUUCUUUCUUUCUUUCUUUCUUUCUUUCUUUCAGUAUCCAGCGUUUCUUUCUUUCUUUUUCUUUGUUCCUUUCUUUCUUUCUUUCUUUUAGUAUCCAGCGUUUCUUUCUUUCUCUCUUUCUUUCUUUCUUUCUUUCUUUCUUUCUUUCUUUCUUUCUUUCUUUUGUUCCUUUCUUUCUUUCUUUUCUAUUUGCAUUCUUCCUUUUCUUUCUUCUUUUUGAGUUACAAUUCUUACAUGCCAUUUCCAAUAACACAGCCAAAUUUCCUUUGA